GCGUGUCGCUGCCCGGUGCCGCUCCGCUGUGCCCCGGUUCCGCCGCGAUGCCCAAGGCCCGGCGGGCGCGGGGCUCCGGCCCGGCCCCGGCGCUGCCCUUGGCCGAGCAGAUCCUGCAGGACGCGGCCCCGCGGCUCCGGGCGCGGGAGAAGCGCGGCGCGGAGGAGCCGGGCGGGGAUGGCGGCGGGGACGGGUUCGUGGACGCGCGGCUGUCCCGGCGCAUCCUGGAGCAGGCGCGGCGGCAGCAGGAGGAGCUGGAGGCCGAGCACGGCCCCGGAGCGCCCGCAGCCCCCCGGCAGCGCAGCGCGGUUCUCGGUCCCGCUCGGACUCGGAGGAUGAUGAGGAGUGGCCUUCGCUGGAGAAGGCGGCGGCGGCCGCGGGACGGAGCGGGGACUACGGCGGGGAGGUGGAGGUGGACCCCGAGGACGAGAAAGCCAUCGAGAUGUUCAUGAACAAGAACCCGCCGCUGAGGCGCACGCUGGCCGACAUCAUCAUGGAGAAGAUCACGGAGAAGCAGACGGAGGUGGAGACGGCGCUGUCGGAGCUCUCGGGCUGCCCCAUGCCCCAGCUCGACCCCCGUGUUCUGGAGGUCUACAGGGGUGUCAGAGAGGUGCUGUCCAAGUACAGGAGUGGGAAGCUCCCCAAGGCGUUCAAAAUCAUUCCUGCCUUGUCCAACUGGGAGCAGAUCCUCUACAUCACUGAGCCAGAGACGUGGACAGCUGCUGCCAUGUACCAGGCCACCAGGAUAUUUUCCUCCAACCUGAAGGAGAGGAUGGCCCAGAGGUUCUACAACCUGGUGCUGCUGCCUCGGAUCCGGGACGACAUCGCCGAGUACAAGCGGCUCAACUUCCACCUGUACAUGGCUCUGAAGAAGGCUCUGUUCAAACCAGCAGCCUGGUUCAAGGGGAUCCUCAUCCCCCUGUGUGAGUCUGGCACCUGCACGCUCAGGGAGGCCAUCAUCAUCGGCAGCAUCCUCAGCAAGUGCUCCAUCCCCGUCCUGCACUCCAGUGCCGCCCUGCUGAAGCUGGCAGAGAUGCAGUACAGCGGUGCCAACAGCAUCUUCCUGCGCCUGCUCAUCGACAAGAAAUACGCGCUGCCCUUCCGCGUGCUGGACGCGCUGGUGUUCCACUUCCUGGCCUUCCGCUCGGAGCAGCGGCUCCUGCCCGUGCUGUGGCACCAGAGCCUGCUGGCCCUGGCCCAGCGCUACAAGGAGGACCUGUCCUCGGAGCAGAAGGAGGCUCUGCUGGAGCUGCUCAAGUUCCACAGCCACCCCCAGAUCUCGCCCGAGAUCCGCCGGGAGCUGAUGAACUCUGGGACCAGGGACGUGGAGGGGGAGCAGCCGCCGGCCAUGGAGUGAGCAGGGCAGGGCUGGAGCCUGGGAUGCAGCUGGGAACCUGGAGCAGGAGCAUCCCUGCUGGAUCCUGCUGCUCUGAGCGGUCACUGGGACAGGCUGUGCCCACAGAGCUGGACUGUGCUGCUGUCAGUGCCACCCAGGACGGGGACACUUUGGCUUGUUCCUGCACUCAGAAAUAAAACCAGAGCCGUGUCACUCAAUCAGGGCUGGCUCUGCCCCACAUGCUCCCAGCCUGUCCCUGUCCCCAGCAGCUGCUGGAGCUCCUUGCCCAGGGGAUUUUCCCAAACAAAGCCCCCCAGGGUUUGCUUCCUGAAGCCACAGGGCCACCGUCCUCACCUGGCCAUGAGCCACCUGCCUGGCGUGCUCCUGGCACUGUGCCCGAGUGCCACCUCUGCUGGCAAACCCAGGGGCGACUUUUCCACCAGGCUGCACUUCCCUGGGCCCUGCUGCCACUGUCGCUGCCAGGCCUGUGCCCUGCAGCUCUGGGCCACGGAGAGGAGCCCCUGCUGCACCCUGAGCUGUGCCCGGGGCAGCUGCCCCCUGUUGUCACCUCCGAGGUGCCCACACCCCUCAGCUUUUUCUGUGACUCGCUGAUUUUAUCUGAUGUGAAAGAAGCCAGAGGCUGAUGGGCACAGGAGGGAGCCUGGGCUGGCACAGAGCUCCUGGCGCUGUCCUGGCACCACCUGAGCUGCUCCCUCCAGCCUGCUGGGGAGAAGGUGCUGCCUCUGCUCCAGGGACACCUCACCUGCAGGAAGGUUUCAGCUCCACCACCACCCCUGAGUGUCCCCUCAGGGUCCUGCCUGUCCUCUCCCCACUCCAUCCUGGGAAAAGCAAGGCUGGAGCUCCCAAUGGAUCCCCAGAACCAGGCAAAGAUACAAGAACAGCACAGGGAAACCCUCGAGCCACCGUUUUUUGUGGU